AGGAUGCAGGCCGGGCCGAGGCCGGACGCGGCCGCUCGGUGAUGCGCCUGCCCGCGGCGCAGGAGGGCCCGGCGCCCGGAGGCGCGGCCGCUGGGCCCGGGCGGGCGGGGUCCGAGGGCUCCGCGGAGAUGGGGGACGGCGCGGAAGUCGCGGCUCCCUUUCACCCCCUCCCGCCCAGCGGGCCCACGCCCGCCCUGCCUCCGGAGCUCCGGGGUGAACUCGCGCUCAGCUUCCGUCGUCCUCCAGUCCGCAAAGUUGGCCCCGCGGGUCCCGACGGGCCUGCUCUCUGGAGGGUCGCAGAGGGUCUCCUCCCGGCGGUCGCAUCGGCCCAGGAGGUCCCCGGGGCAGACGCACAACUGCGGAAAACUCGCCUGCGGGGACGGGCUGACUCCACCUGCCGCUAAGUAGGGGCUUCUCAAGCUCUGGCGCGCGUCAGCGUCAUCAGGCGGGGGUGUGCGAGCUCAUGGCUGGGCCCUACCCUAGGGCUUCGGCGUCAAUAGGCCCGGGAUGGGCCCCAAAAUAUUUCUAGCAAGAACGUCCCCUUGCUGGGAUCUUUCGGGCCCGCCCGUGCCCGGUGUGGAAUGCCGUGACGGCAUCUCAACUUGGGGACUUACAAGAGGCCCCAGAUACACCUGGCUUGUCUGCCUGUUGGAACAACAUCAAGAUUUGGGGAAGAAGAUGGCAACUCCCUGGCGGUCCAGUGGUUAGGACUCCGCGCUCUCCCUGCGGAGGGCAUCUCUGUGCUGGAGAUCAACGAGAGGAAUAAACUUAAGGUCUUCUCAGGGCUUUUCUGAGCCUGCACCCUUCCUAAGAACCCUGCCGUCUCCAUGACAACAAGCCCAUGUUAGCCUGCUGGAUGAUGAGAUACUUCAGGGAGUAGAACCAAGGUGCCCAGUCAACAGCCAGCUCCUCACCAGCAGCAGAGCCCCCUAAUCAACCUGCAGCUGACCACACGUGCAUGAAGGAGCCCAGCUGAGACCAGAAGAAUUGUCUAGCUGAGCCCAGCCUGAGCUAGAAUUGGGGCUGUGCAAACACCAGUUUGAGAAGCACGUAGUAGUACGGCACUUGGAGUUGAUCAGAAAACUUAGAUGGAAAAACGCAUUAUCACUAUAAUCUCCAAUAGCAAGAAAUUCUUAAAAUCGGUUCCAAAAGGAUAUUUUUAAAAGCAUCUUGAAAGUGGUUCUGAAGGAGUCUUAAGGAGCCCUAUUAAAGGUAACCAUCAGCGAGCUUCUGCGUAGGCCCCCCAGAAGCCUAGGCCCGCUCCCAGCACUAGCCCCGCCCCUACCCGGGACCGCCUCAACACGUGCGGCGUGCCUGCACUGCGCAUGCCCGCGGGGAAGGGGCGGGGCGAGCCGAACGCUGGCAGGACCUGCGUGCGGAAGACCAUGGCCAUGCUGUGUCGGCUGCGAGAGGUGCCCCGGCACUUGCUGGUCUGCGAAAAGUCCAACUUCGGCCACGAGAAGUCGCGCCACCGGCACCUCGUGGAGACGCACUAUCACAACUACAGGGUUUCAUUUCUGAUUCCUGAAUGUGGGAUACUGUCAAAAGAACUGAAGGACCUGGUCAUGGACUCUGGACCCUAUUACUUUGUGAAGGAUUUACCUCUUCAUGAGUUAAUCGCACACGAAUUCAUCAAUACUUUUGUCAAGAAAGGUGCGUGCUAUGCACUAACGUACAACACAAAUAUUGACGAGGAUAAUACUGUGGCCCUGCUACCAAACGGGAAAUUAAUUUUAUCACUGGAUAAAGACACUUAUGAAGAAGCUGGACUUCAAGGUCGUCCAUCUCAGUAUUCUGGCAGGAAGACCAUGAAGUUUAUUGUUUCCAUUGAUUUGAUGGAUUUAUCCUCUAAACUGGACUCUAAGAAGUAUAAAAGAAUAUCUUGGGCUUUCAAAGAAAAGAAACCAUUGAAAUUUGAUUUUCUUUUGGCGUGGCAUCAAACAGGUGCGGAAGGAUCAACGAUGAUGUCAUACUUUUCCAAUUACCGGAUUCAGGAGCGUCAGCCAAAAAUAGCGCUGAGCACGGUGACAGACCUGCCGUGCCCCGUGCUGCGGAGCGGCGAGCUCAGGGGCGAGCCGGAGGCGGCCUGCAGCGCCCAGGAGCUCUUCGAGUGGCUGGGCGCCGUCUUCAGUAACGCCGAGCUAAAUAAUGAGCCUGAUAAUUUCAUAUCAACCUACUGCUGUCCUCAACCAAGCACAGUGGCGGCGAAAGCUUGCUUGUGUACAAUCACUGGUUUCAUCCUUCCAGAGAAGAUACGUCUUCUGUUGGAACAGCUGUGUCGCUACUUUGAUGAACCAAAGUUGGCCCCGUGGGUGACGUUGUCGGUUCAAGGCUUUGCAGACAGCCCUGUUUCCUGGAGAGAAAACGAACACGGUUUUCGAAAAGGAGGAGAGCAUUUAUACAACUUUGUGGUUUUUAGUAAUCGGGACUACUGGCUUCAGUUGGCCGUUGGGGCAAAUGAUGACUGUCCACCAUGACAAGCACAGAGUUUAAAGUCGUGUUUGUUUAUGUUUAUGCUCGUUUUCCGUAUUUCUCGGCGGUAUAAGGACCGUGUGUUCACUCAGACUUGGGUGAUGAGGACAUUUCUCAGAUCAGCGUCCGUUAACAUCUGCCCUGGACUCGGGCCCAUCCUGUGACAGGCUUGCCGUCAGGUGGAAGCUCAUAGUUGAUUUCUCCCUGUCACUAUGAGCCCAGGGUGUGGGCUACUGCGCCGUAACUUGGGCCACGAUGGCCAGGGACCGGGGGUUAUGGGACCACUGGGUAAGAUGUGUGCUGUGAUUGUGAGUUUCUCACAUCAUAAUAACAAGAAAUCCCUAACAUCAUACUUAGCAGAGCCAGUUCCUGCAUUAGUGCUGUUCAUCAAUUACCUCAUUUAAUUCUCACAUCAGUCCUGUGAGGGAACAGAGUGUACAUAAGCUGCUGAAGUCACCUGCUUGUGGAUUCAAGACUUGAUCUCAGAUCAGCUGGUUCCUGAGUGUGUGCUCACCCUCCUGCUUCUGGGUCAGGAGGGAUAUUUGGAUACUGUAUAUUCAUAAAGAACAAGUUGAAUUUUGCAGUAACCUAUAAGGGAAAAGAAUCUGAAAAACAUAUAUGUGUGUGUGUGUGUGUGUGUGUGUGUG